AUGGCAGGCGGAAUAGUAACAACAGUGUUUAGUCCUAAUCCAACAUGCGUGGCCUCGUCCAACAUCUGGCUUUCGACUGCGACUUGCAUCACCUUGCCAUACUCGAAGUCGCAAGAAGGCCCAUGUACGUACACUUUACAGGGCGAGAGGCGGAAGACUUCGGCGACAGACGAGAAUUGCUUCGCAACCUAUCCAUCUACAGUCGCAUACAGUGAUUGCCCAGAGAGCUAUACGGUUGCCUCCGUCCAGACAUACCGUAGUCAAUUUUACAACGAAGUGUGGUCCUAUUGCUGCCCAGAAGCAUACUCUUACGAAUGGGACUUCGAUGCUAUCACUACGCAAUUCAACGAUGAAAAGAUCUCUGUGACAUUGCGCGACCAGCCAGGGUGUAAAGCAACUUCAGUCGAGGUUCUUCGAUCGCAGGUCGUGACCGUCACGGUUGCGACAGAGCCAGAGAUUACCGUUGCCACCACGGACUGGGCAGAGGAUGGGGUUCUCUUCGCCGAGGCGGUGACGAUCAGGGGAAUGGUAUAUUCAACACCGACGCAAUCAACAUGCUGGGGCAACAACUGCCCGCUUAGCUAUGAACCCUCUCCGACCUUCCCCAGUACUAUCACACCGACGCCUACUGUGCAGUUUACUGCACCAGCUGGGUGCCUGGAUCCCGGCAAUCUGUGGGUUGUGACGACGAGUUGCUACAUAACAUCGCCCCAGGUAUACGGGCCCGCAUCUACUCCGGAUUGGCUGCAGUGCACUAUAACCAACUUUGGAGCGCCCGCAUGGUCGUCUGAUUCGUGCUACCUGCCGGGAUAUCCGGCGCCCCAGACUGACGGCUCGUAUUAUGGAGGGUGUCCCGCCGGCUACACUGGAGUUGUCACCAAUUCCGGUCCGGGAUAUAAUUCGUACAGGCAUAACGUCGGAUACUUCGACAUAUCAUACUACUCGACCACGUGCUGUCCUACGGAGUAUGGUUUUGUCACAGCCCCAUCGGAUGCCGGUCGGACGAUAACCACGACGCGCGACGGCAGGGCGUACGGGGUUUUCGUGUAUCCCAUGCCCGGCUGCUACGCGACUUCCGUCAAGGCGCUCUCCGGCAAGGAGCUGUCGAUGCGGACAACGUCGAACAACAUGGCCUGGGACAAGCGCCAGGAAGGCGGUGCGGAAUUCCCCACGACCGCGACGUGGGACUACGAGCACGGGACGCUGUACGCGAGAAUGGCGCAGGCUGGCUACACCGUCUUCAUGGGCACGCACACGUGCUACGAGUCGUGCUCGACUUGGCUGACUUACUACUAUCCCGACGGGACCGGCGGGCCCACACCCUCGACUGCGGUGACAACGACGACCGAGUCUGAUCAGCAGAGUUCAAACACGGGCGCGCCAGACACUUCUGGCAGAGGUGAAGGGGGCAGUGGUUCACCAAGUCCCUCGGAUACUUCGCCUACCGCAGACACCGGAAGCUCAGCCGCAUCAUCGAAUGCUCGGCCAGGCUGGAAGCAUCACGUUGCGAUGUUGUUCAUGGCAGCUAUGCUUAUAGCGAUCUUGCAUUGA